AUGGAAAUAAGUGCGAUGCCGCCGAUGCCUUUGGACUUUUCUAUGGUUAGAAGUGGUAAUUCCCCGGGUGAAGGAUCGCCAAGGCCGAGCAACAGCGCUUUCAGAGUUGUCACCCCAAAAGGUGUAUCAGCAAGUGAGGCAUUAAGAAACGGCAUCUGCCAAUCACUAUGGGCGCCAUCUCGACCAGAGCCACGAGUAGCGUCACCCCCACAACAGUUAGAAAACUACCCCAUCAGAGAAGAGAUCAAAUUCGGUAUUAACCGAUUAGUUGGUGAGAAGACUGAUGAAGAAGAUAAUGAAUCACAUAACAAUGAAACUUCUAGAGUUGAAGAUGUAUCUCCUACAUCACGAUGCGGAAGCCCUUGCUGGGCGCCAUCACCACAUUCACCACGUUCCAUACGUUCAACUUCACCCGAAUUAGAAGUAGAUUCACCUCCAUCAUCACCAAGAAGACCACCUGAUUCUUCACCACCUCUGAAAAGAUCGGAAGCCUUUUCAGUCAGUGCACUAUUACGACCAGAUGCACCAAGAGUUCAACCUCAAAGACCAAUUCUAUAUCCACCACUACCAUUCGCAGAAUUUCUGAGAGAUGCUGGUAGCCUUGGCCUUCCAGUUUGGGGUGGUUAUAGUAAUUUAUACCUUCAUGCAGUGCAAGCAGCCGGUCCUGAACUACUUAGAUUACGUGCAGCCGUUCUUGGUACCCCAAGCCCGCUAUCAAGACCCCUACCAAUAGGUGACGUGUACUCUUGUGUAAAAUGUGAAAAAAUGUUUAGCACUCCACAUGGAUUAGAAGUGCACGCGAGAAGAUCACACAAUGGAAAAAGACCGUUCGCCUGUGAGUUGUGCAGCAAGACAUUCGGCCAUGAAAUCAGCCUCAGUCAACACCGGGCUGUGCACAGUGUAGAAAAAGUCUUCGAAUGCAAGCAAUGUGGGAAAACUUUCAAGAGGUCCAGCACACUUUCCACUCAUCUCCUCAUACAUUCUGACACCAGGCCCUACCCUUGCCAGUAUUGCGGCAAGCGGUUCCAUCAGAAAUCUGAUAUGAAGAAACACACAUAUAUACAUACAGGUGAAAAACCCCACAAAUGCCAAGUGUGCGGUAAAGCGUUCAGCCAAAGUUCCAAUCUUAUUACCCACUCUCGGAAACACACGGGCUUUAAGCCAUUUGCCUGCGAGCUUUGUGGACGCGCGUUCCAAAGGAAAGUAGACUUGAGAAGACAUAGAGAGACCCAACAUGCUGAUCUACGAAACCCUCAACACAUGCAGCCUCCUCACACUGAUGUACAUGGCAUGCACCCUCCUGAAAUGCACGUUGGUGAACGGAUAGAUCUCCGUCCCCCACACCCUGACUUCAGGAUGAACACCGUGCCUCCCCUCCAGCCACUGCCUUCC